AUGUGCCAUUACAACUUUCCAGUGAUUUCAAAUAUCAAUCAUUUUUCACAUUUGACAGCCCUAUACAUUGUUGCUCAGGAUAUCAAAGAAAUUACUGGAUUGGAAACGUGUGUCCAUCUGCAAGAUUUAUGGAUUUGUGAAAGUAAAGUUGCUGUAAUUUCAGGACUGAAUUGUUGUGUGGAUCUGCGUCGACUAUAUUUAUACAGCAACAAAAUUACAAAGAUUGAAGGACUUUUGGUAUUGGUUAAACUGGAACAACUCUGGAUAAACGACAAUGAAAUUACAGAGAUUGAAAAUCUGGGGCAUCUGAAAAGAUUGACCAAUUUGCAGCUUGGAAACAAUCGCAUAGUAAACAUUAGUUGCUCUCUCAAUGAAAACUGUGCACUUAAAGAAUUGAAUUUGUCUGGAAAUCGUAUUUGCUCAUUCCAGGAAAUUCUCCAUUUGACCCGUCUUCAACAUCUUACACACCUAUGCUUGAGCGAUCCAAACUACGCAGAUAAUCCAAUAUGCAUGCUGUGUAACUACCAAACACAUGUGGUAUACCAUUUUCCUAACCUAAAAUCGCUUGACACUCUUGAAAUCACUGAAGAGUCGCGCAGAAUUAUUAGCGCAACAGUGUUGAAAAAAAGAAUGUAUUAUAAUAUGCGAAUUCGGACAAUUCAAAGAAACACCAACUCGCUAAUCAAAAACCUUCAAGGUGUCUCCGCUGCAGAUCAAGAAAGGCUUGAAAAAGAUAUUGAACUAUUGAUGGCUCGAUCAAAAAAACUUCAAAAAAAGCGUGACGAGCUUGCUGCUGCAGCCAUGCUAAAGCUUCCACACGACUCGAAUAUGUCGACUAAACUUGAAGCGGCUAGACAGCAGAUUAAUGCAGCAAUUGAGAGUAAAACUCAAACGCAUAUAAAUUUACUGAUACACCGUAGUGAUAUUCACAGCCAAAUAAUGAAUCAGAGUGAUAUGGCAAUCAGAAAACUGCUGCUGGAACUUGAAACUGGUGGAAACGUUAGAUUUGAAGAUGAACAAAAGGAUGAUCCAUGGGUUAGUGAAUGUGAAAACUUGGUAAAGGUGUUUAUCAAGCGAGCCGUUUCUAAAAAUUCACCCCGAACCAUUCAAAUUCAUCGUAUUUCUCGUCUUCAUAAUCGGAACAUGAAACUUCAGUUUGAUGAUCGUUUAAUGAAAGCUGGAGAUACCGAUACCCCGCUACCACUUUGCUACCAUGGAAGGGAAUCUAGCUCUGACGAUGUUUUUUCAGUAGUUGAGCACGGUUGUGAGCUUAUUCCUGGCACAACUCGUCUGGCUGAAAGUGUUGUUCUUUCAAACGUCCUCGACUGUUACGAUGGUCAAACUAGCGAAAACAAUGAAAAUGAGCCACAAAUGAGCACAAUCGUAAAAAAAUCGCUACGCCAGGCAGUCAUUAUCCGUGGAUUACUUAAAAACUCUGCAAACGUAUCCAACACAAUAGAGUCCAUUAAACAAUGCAAGGUAAACGAGUAUCCAAAAAUGGACGCAGUAUACCAAAAGAUUUCAAAUCUUUUCAAAAAUAAGGACACUCCUACAAAAACGGGAGAUAUUCCAAAAGAGUACUGUGUAUUUUCGCGAAACGUUCUGUUGCCAGAGUAUUUUAUCGAGUAUUCAUUGGAAUCAGAUAUGGAUCAAUACACCACUCAAUUGGAGCGACUCCUUGUUGAUAUUGCUUACUCUAAUCGCAUGUCUCAUUCUGAUAUGCCGUCAAUUGCAGCUGAACUAAGAAAAAAGCUAACCGAUUUGAACGAGCCUUUAAAAGUGAUGGCAAACGACAUAUCAAUGUCAACCCUCGAAGCUCUUCAUCCAGAGAUUAUGAUGAUGGAUAAUACCAAGCAAAGCGAAACAGAAUUGAUGGACUCUAUUGUUUCCAAAUCCGGUAUUGCUUUGGAGCAUUUAAAUCUCUCUUCGCAGUGUGCAUUUAAACAAAAUGCGCUAUUGCAUCAAAAGCAACUGCGCUCACUAACAAUAUCACAUGGCAAUCUGAUGGCCAUUCCAAAAUUUCCUAGUCUACCGCUACUGGAGCGUCUUGAUUUAAGUUUUAAUGCUAUACACUCACUUGAAAAUGGAUUUGAAAUGUAUUCUGGGCUGAAAUUUCUUGACUUGGCCGGUAAUAACAUUUCCAAUCUUGAAUGCCUUAAAGCUCUUUUUUGCACACUCUGUAAUCUUGCUGUGCUAGACCUUCGAUUUAAUCCAGUAUGCAAACACAAAGGAUACAGAAAAUAUUGUUUGACUCUUUCUUCUACAUUACAAGUGCUGGACGCCAUACCGGUUGAAAAAGCUGAACGUCACAACGUCGAUUGGAAUACAUUGUUUGAAUCUAGAGCCUCUUCACAGCAACACUUGUUUCGUCCACUUAGCAUGCGAACACAAACUGGAUAUGGAUCAACCUCGAUUGAUUGCAAAUAUCUUUUAGCUUUGUCAAGAAAUUCGCAUACAGAUAUCCAAACAGACAUCAUUACGACUCUGCAGCUUGACUCGUGCAACUUGUUUAAUUUGGAUAUGCUUCCAGACGAAAUGCCUUCAUUGCGCUGGGCCUCGUUUAGAAAUAACAACCUUAAAGAUGUGUCCAAACUAUCCAAAUACCGCCGUUUGGAGGACAUUUCUCUUGAAAACAACGAGAUUCACAGUGUCGAUGCAUUGUCAAAGCUUGAGUAUUUGACCAAGUUUGACGCAAGCAACAAUUUGAUUGCUAGUGUAAACACGGCUGCAAAUUUCAAGUCAUUGAUGCUGUUUUCGCUGGAAAACAACCGUGUCAAAAGCUUAAAACCCUUUUCCAAAAUGGUUUCAUUAAUGGAGUUUUAUAUUGGAAACAAUCAAAUUUCGGACAUGUUUGGUAUUUUCCCUUUAAAAGAACUUCCUAGAUUGAUUAUUCUUGAUUUGACUGGAAACGCUGUAUGCAAUAUUUUAAACUAUCGUUUAUUUACGAUUUUCCAUUUAAUCCGCCUCAAAAUUCUAGAUGGGGCGGGCAUCACAGCAAAAGAACAAACACAUGCCAAAGAAAUAUACAUGGGAAAACUCACAAUCGAGCUUCUUGGCGAAAAAAUCGGUCAUUUUACUUUUAAAAAUAUAUCCGAAUUGGAUCUCCGUAAUUGCAAGAUUCGUGAAAUUGAUUGCCUUGCGAAUGGCGAUUUUCGUAACCUCCGUCGCCUUAAUUUUGACAACAACAUGCUUACCAACAUUGAUUGCUUUACUACGUUGGUUGGACUACGAUGCUUGAGUUUGAAUAAUAACCGGAUUGAGCGACUGCUGUCAAGUGAUACUGCUUCUCCUGUGCCAGCUAGUAGCAAUCUGGGCAGUAUAAGUAGCCUUUCUGGCAAUUCUUUAGGAGAACUAAAUAGUAGUGCGGCAGGAUGUAAUUUUGGAAACGGAUUGACGUUGCGAAGGGAUUCGACAAGUGAUUAUGGGAAAUCAAACCCUUUGCUGUCACAGCUUGAAGAACUGUAUUUAGGACACAACCAAAUCACAAGGAUUGCAGAUCUGGGAUUGCAUCGAAUGCCUCAACUAAGGACUCUUUAUUUACAAGGAAACAAGAUUGGCAAGAUUGAUGGGCUAGAGCACAUGACAAGUUUAACUGAAUUGGUACUUGACAAGAACCAAAUCAAAACGGCAGAUCCCCUUUCAUUUCUAUCCUUGAUAAACCUCAAAGAAUUGCAUAUCAAGGAAAAUCGACUUAGAUCGCUUAUGCAUUUCGAUUGUUUACCAAAUCUGCAAAUGCUGUUUCUAUCCAAUAAUAGAAUUCACGAAAUGUCAGAGAUUGAGAAAAUGAAACUUCCCAGUCUACUGGAAAUAUCUCUUGCAUCCAAUGCAGUUUCUCGUAAGCAGCUAUAUCGCAUUGCACUUGUGAUUCGAUUUCCUCAAAUUCUAGGAAUUGAUGGAAAGGAUGUUGCCGAUGAGGAACGACAGCGCGCGCAUGCAUAUUAUUUUGAGCAGUGUAUGGCUCGUGAAGACCCAAUAGCAAAGCUGGCCACCAGUAAUACGCACAAUCUGCAAAACUCCAUGUCAUCUCUCAUGACUAGCAAUUCAUCCAAGCAUCCAAUCAAGAUCACAUCUGUGGUGCUAGAUGGCAAGUAA